AUGCUCUCACAACCAGGCGACGUUCGCGUGAACCCAACCCAAACAGUAAACCCAUACGUAAACUUUGAUUAUUUCGCAAAGGGUCUGUUACCAGUAAAUGCGUUUAGCCUUUAUAUCCUGGAUGAUAAAUACUUCUUCAACGAAACUGAACGCAAUGGGAGAAAGAAAACAGGCUCAGCGAGCACAAGCACGAAGAAAUCAAGGACAAGGAUCAACGACAUCUCAGCGAUUCACAUGAGGACCCUGACUUGA